AUGAAGCGCCGAGCCGGCCAGCGGAAGCCGGCCACCUCCUACGUGCGCACCACCAUCAAUAAGAACGCGCGGGCCACGCUCAGCAGCAUCCGCCACAUGAUCCGCAAGAACAAGUACCGGCCUGACCUGCGCAUGGCCGCCAUCCGCAGGGCCAGUGCCAUCCUGCGCAGCCAGAAGCCGGUGAUGGUGAAGAGGAAGAGGACCCGCCCCACCAAGAGCUCCUGAGCAGCCCCCCAGCAAUAAAGGUGUCCCCUGACUCCAAAAA